AUGAGGUUUCUUUCAAAAAGGAUACUGAAACCUGUACUUUCAGUGAUCAUUCUAAUAUCGAUUGCCGUAACCGUUGUUCUUUACUUUUUAACGGCGAAUGAGAACUAUUUGCAAGCAGUCAAGGAUAGUGCCAAGUCCCAGUAUGCUUCUCUCCGGGAGAGCUACAAAAGUAUUACAGGUAAAACUGAAAGCGCUGAUGAACUUCCUGAUCAUGAUGCUGAGGUGUUAGAUAGCAUAAUGGACAGGCUACACGAGCCCCUUUAUGAAAAGGACACUUUUGACCCGAAUGAAGUCCUUGCUGAAAAUAAACAGUUGUACGAGGAGUUUUUACUUCAAGAAAUUUCUGAGCCAAAGGUGGACAAUUUGGUACGUAGCGGGGAUCCGUUAGCCGGCAAGGCAAAAGGAACUAUUUUGAGUUUGGUGAGAAAUUCUGAUUUAGAGGAUAUAAUUUCUUCUAUUCAACAGCUAGAAGAGGAGUACAAUAAGAAUUUUGGAUAUCCCUAUACCUUCCUUAACGAUGAGGAAUUUACUGACGAAUUCAAAGAUGGAAUAAAAAGUAUUCUUCCUAAGGACCGUGUAGUAGAAUUUGGCACUAUUGGUCCAGAUAACUGGAAUAUGCCUGAUAGCAUAGAUAGGGAGAGAUACGACCAAGAAAUGGACAAAAUGAGUAAAGAGAACAUUCAGUAUGCAGAGGUGGAAUCCUAUCAUAACAUGUGUCGUUUCUAUUCUAAAGAAUUUUACCAUCAUCCUCUGCUAUCUAAAUAUAAAUAUGUGUGGAGAUUAGAGCCAAACGUGAAUUUCUAUUGCAAAAUUAACUAUGACGUUUUCCAAUUUAUGAACAAGAAUGACAAGAUUUAUGGGUUUGUUUUGAACCUCUAUGAUAGUCCGCAAACCAUCGAAACGCUAUGGACUUCAACUAUGGAUUUUGUCGAGGAACACCCAAACUAUUUGAACGUCAACGGAGCCUUCGCAUGGCUAAAAGAUAACUCUCAAAAUCCAAAAAAUUAUGAUUAUACUCAAGGGUAUUCAACUUGUCAUUUCUGGACCAAUUUUGAAAUAGUCGAUUUAGACUUUUUGAGGUCAGAACCUUAUGAAAAAUAUAUGCAAUAUCUUGAAGAAAAGGGAGGAUUCUACUAUGAAAGGUGGGGUGAUGCCCCUGUAAGAAGUUUGGCACUUGCUUUAUUUGCGGAUAAGUCAAGCAUCCAUUGGUUCAGGGAUAUAGGUUAUCACCAUACUCCGUACACGAACUGUCCAACUUGUCCAGCAGAUUCAGAUAGGUGUAAUGGAAAUUGUGUACCAGGCAAAUUCACUCCUUGGAGUGAUCUAGACAACCAAAAUUGCCAGGCAACCUGGAUAAGACACUCUAUGUCUGAGGAAGAGUUAGAAAUGUAUUGA